AUGAUGGAGUCGCCCGGCUCAGACCUGUCCGACUACGCCUCCGACGACUUCCCCGAGGACGUCAAGGGCGCCCGUAUGAGCUACGAAGCUACGCCAGACCGCGACCACCGCCCCAGCAAGCGGCCGCGCCUUAAUAUACGCGCGCCCUCAUCUCCCCCGCCCGCCCACAUGACGACGACGUUGCCGGCCGAUGAGGAAGAAGAGCUGUCCGAGGACACGGAUGGGUCGGUGCCUGCAUCACCCAACCACCACCCUGGCAUGUCGCAGGAAGAAGAGUAUGGCCAGGAGCAAGUCACCGUCUGCAAGUGGGAGGGUUGCCAGGUCGGGGAUGUGCAAAACAUGGACAACCUGGUCGAGCAUCUUCACGAGGACCACAUCGGUACGCGACAAAAGAAGUACAGUUGCGAGUGGAGCGAUUGCACGCGAAAGGGCAUACCACAUGCCAGUGGAUAUGCAUUGAGGGCGCAUAUGCGAAGCCACACGCGAGAAAAGCCAUUUUACUGCACACUGCCAGAAUGCGACCGCUCCUUCACCCGCUCAGACGCCCUGGCUAAGCACAUGCGCACGGUCCACGAGACAGAAGCCCUGCGCCCUUCUGAUCCCGUUCCCAAGCACCACUCCUCCAACCCCACCAACAAAGUUCAGCGCUUGAAGCUGGUCCUCAACAGCGAGGGCAAGAAGCUGUCAAACGACAAGGGCUCGACGCCUGCCUCUCCCUUAUCACACACCCAUCCAACAGGCCCCUUGAUCCCACCUGCACCUCACUCAGACGCCGACUAUGCGCACAAUAAUGUCAUCUACGUUCAAGACCUCGCCAGGCCAGAUGUGCCAACCAUGGUGCAGUUCCCUCCAGACAUUGAAUUUGCGCCCGAAGAGCUCGCCCUCCCUGCCCCCGAACUGUUCAAGCUUCUUCGGAGACAGCUACGCUGGGCAACACAAGAAGGCGAACAACUACGAGCCGAAGCAGACGUGUUAGAGAAGAAGCGCAAAGAAGAAUGGGAGGCCAAGGAGCUGCUAGUGGAGAAUCUCAUGGAGGCACAAGUAGCGUGCGAACUUCGACGACGAGCCGAGGCAGGGUUGCCCGAGGAUUUCGAAGGCUUCAGACAAGUACAAGAAGAUAUCGUGCCGUCGAAGAAACUACCCAUCAAGAGCAGGAAUGGAAAAAUGCCUUGGUGGCGAGACGAGUCGUGGCAGUAUCGACAGACGAGCGCUCAGGAGAUCAAGCAGGAAGCACAGGCGCCACGACCUGCACCCUUGGAUAUCAGGCGCGAGGAGUUGCACGCUCAAUCUGCUACGGGGUAA